AACCGCGACCUAAAGAAAUAACACCGAAUAAGACAGUGCGCACUGUUCAUAGUUCAGGCUUUUCAGCUCAGUUAAGCGCAUCACUUUAAUUGAGCAUCUCACUUCCGUGAUCGUAACCACUACGCUCUUCAGGGCUCUGCGCCGAUCUUCUAAUCUUCAAAGAUCAUCAAGUGUGCUACUAAGAUGGCAAUGGUGAAGAGUGGCUGGCUCCAUCGACAAAGUACCAUUCUGCGUCGGUGGAAAAGAAAUUGGUUUGACUUGUGGGCAGACGGACGACUUGUUUUCUACAAUGAUGAACAACGUCGUGACAUGGAGGAUGACAUUCACAUGAGGGUCGACUGCAUCAACAUCCGCAGUUCUACUGCAUGUCAGGAACUGAACCCACCCGAGGGAAAGAUGCGUGAUGCUUUGCUUCAGAUAGUUUGCAGAGACGGACGAGUCUUGAGCCUGUGUGCAGACAGUGCAGAUGAUGCUCUGGCAUGGACCAUUGCACUUCAGGGUGCCAGAAUUAAUAUGGUAGUUGCUGCUCCUCAGAUUGGCUACGCAGAGGAAGUGAUUGCAUCUGCUCCACCCGCUCACUCAGAAUAUGCUCCCCCACCUAGGGCAUAUGCAUCGGUUCCAUAUGAUGCUGCUCCACCUCCAUAUGCUGCCCAGAUUAUGUACUUUACUAAUGGCCAGCCCUACGCUGCUGCUUAUCCAUAUCAAUAUCCAGGUGGAUACCCUGCUCCGGCAGUCAGUCGCGUUAUUGUCCGACAGCGCCGUCACAGUGAUGGAGGAGACGUAGCUUUGCAGAUGCUUGCUGGAGCAGCCACUGGUUUUGCUCUCGGCUCUCUCUUCUCCAUCUUUUAGGAGCCCAAUCCACAACAUCUAGAAGCACAACAUUCUCUAGUCUGCUCUGUAUUUGGCUUCUUCUUUGUGCCAUCACAGGAGUUGGAGUGAAAUGUGUCCGUCAGGCUCCUUCUAUCAAUGAAGCAUGAUUGUGAUGGGCUGGCCAAGCUACGCACAUGUUACGCACAUAGAAUCAUAACUUUGUUUGAAACAAUGUUACUUCUCAUGUGUACAUCUGAUCCAUUCACCUAAUGUGUCAGUCAGGUUUAUUUAGCACACCUGUUGUUUUGCAUUGUUGUUUGUUGAUAUUAUUGUACAUAUUAUAUUUGUGUUGUAGCUUUGUUAGCAAAACUAAACUAAAAUACCUAAGACAGAAACCAAAGCGAGGCAAAUGUAACUGUCCAUCACCCUAACUUGAUCUGAUCAUUCAUGACGAACACAAGGGUAUCGGUCAUGUCAGUGUCCUCAAUGGACAACGUCACUUCUGCCUGGGUUGUUAACAAAGCUUGAUGAGGCAAUAAUCACGGUUACUGUAGCACAUUGAGGUACCAAAGUUGUAAAUGGAAUAUUGGAUGUUUUGACCAGAGUUGGUUUAAAAUGAAAAGGGAUAUCUCUGUUCUUAUGCUUUAUUCAACUUAUUUUUUCUCAUUCUUAGCUCUUGAGUCAUACAGUAUUUAUUUUGCAUGUUUUUUUCAUGUGUUUCCUUUUUAAAAUGACCACAACAGUUGUCAGGUUAUUCAUUUCAGAAUUUUUCAAGAUCUGUUAUAUGUUAAUUUAUUCCCCAUUAAAACUGUAGAUGUGUGUUAUUCUAUUUCAAACUAAAAGACCUGCAUUUGUGAAACUUGAAAAUACUAAAUAUUCUUCAGUUUCAAAUAAUAUAAGCUUUUGCCAG